CCUUCGCAUUUUUAGUGGUUCAAGGUAGAAAUAUAAACUUAUUGUUCUUAUUUGGCAAUGUACGGAAGAGGAGGACAAGACAAAAGGGGUGGUGCGCGCGGGGGAGGAGGAUGGACAACGCGGUUCGAUGGUCAAAUAAAGGUGACUGGAACAGAUCGAUUCUGUACGUCGUGUGGGUAUGUCAUUAAGGGACUUGCAACUACAAUGCUAGCCAAAUGUCCAAUAACUAUCUGCGGUGCCAAAAUUCCCAUGCGAUUUGGACCUGAUGAAAGCGAGUUCGAUAUGAACGGAUGGGGGCGUUGCAGGAACUGCAAGUCUUUCAUCUUUCGGGAUCAUAUUUAUUGCCAAUCGUGCCGAUGUGUGAAUCAGGCGGCCAAAGAAAAUCAGGACUUAAUCGUAAAGCAAGCACUGGCGAAAAGAUUGCAUGCCCAGAAGAAAGAAAACGAAGAAAAAGAUUCGAAGAUUGCCCGGUUGGAGGCUGACUAUCUGGAAUUAAGCUUAAUUUUAAGCAAGAAAAAUGCCGAGAGGAAUUCAAAAGGGGCGGAUAAUUUCAAGCAAAGCGGAAUUGUUGAUACUCAUGGGGAUUUUGUCGAGAAAACUGCGACAGAGGAAAGUUCAGAGGUUGAUGGCGAUAAACCGAACAAUGAGGACAAUGAGGACAAGCAGGAUUAAUCUUUCACAAAUGUCUUAAACUUGGGUGUGAUUCAUAUCUGUAAAUUGUUAAUUGCGGGAAAUAUGAUCAACUCAAUAAACCAUUAUUUGGCUGAAAAUUUAAUUGUUAUGCACCGCAGCGGCGGAAAAUUAAAUUGUACUGACCAUUACUUUUGAGCACACCCGUACCCGUGAGAGGCUAGAACCUGUCCUUCGACAGACUUUGCUUUACGCCGCGAUAUUUCUAUCGAUCAGUCGGAUCUGAUGAACAGACCGACAACACACAUUUCUCCCCAAAAUCCUCCAAGUUUCACGCCCACCUCCUCCUCCCACUUAAACCACCCAACUAAAUAUUAUACGUACACAUUGUACAUUCAUAUUACACACAUAUUACACACAUAUUACACACACAUAUUACACACAUAAAUACAAUUACAUAUUACAUGCAUGUAUACAUAAAUACACAUAUUUACAUAUUCUAUAUACAAUACCACAAUAUAGAAACACAUUAUCCUUCGGGGUAAUACGCGGAUAAAGGCCAAAGUGCCGUAUUAAAGGCCAAAGUGCCGUAUUAAAGGCCAAAGUGCCGUAUGAAAGGCCAAAGUGCCGUAUUAAAGGCCAAAGUGCCGUAUUAAAGGCCAAAGUGCCGUAUUAAGGGUCAAAGUGCCGUAUUAAAAGCCAAAGUGCCGUAUUGAAGGCCAAAGCGCGUGAUAGGGUGCCGCCAUAAAUUUUAGCCUAUCGUAAUAAGUAACAGGGUGCCGAAAUAAGUAAUAAGGUAACGCAAAUAAUUGCAGCGUGCAUUAAUAAAUUGCAGAGAACCGCUACAAAUUAUACCUAGCGAAAUAAUGUCACCAAAAAGACAAAAACCCGGAGAGGAAAGUGCUGAGGCAAUAAGACGGUAUGUUGCAAACAAGCGCCAGCGUCGUGCCAACCUUUCUGCCGAACAGCUUUCAAUUGAACGAGCAAGGAACGCAGCAAACGAACGAAAUCGAGUUGCAAAUCUCUCUGAGGAACAGCGGUCUAUUGAACGAGCAAGGAAUACAGCAAAUGAACGAAA